AAGCACUCAGUACACGAGCAGCUCCGAACGAUAACCCGCCAAUCCACAUAUCAACAUGUCAUUCGGACGAGGAGCUCCGCGCGGUCGCGGCGGUGGUGGUUUCGGUGGUCGCGGCGGCGGCGGUUUUGGAGGUAUGCAAUUACUUUUGCAUUUCCUUCCAAAGCACUUGCAGAUUGGCUCUGUCUGGUGACGGAAAUUUCAAAGUACAAUGCUAACUUGACUUCACAGGCCGUGGUGGCUUUCAGAACAGAGACAUGGGGCCGCCCGCGACGAUCCUUGGUAUGCUCUCUCACCUUCCCGCUGUCUUGUACUACAACAGCACCCUAACCGUCAUUUUUUGUGUAGAGAUGGGCAAGUUCAUGCACGCUUGCGAAGGCGAGAUGAUCUGCGAGAGCAUCAACCCCAAGGUCCCUCACUUCAACGCUCAGAUCUUCCUCGAGAACAAGGUGCGACAUCUCCUCGGGCGAUUUUAAUCUCGAACCAAUAAAGCGAAAGCAAAAAAGAAAAAAUUCGACUAACAUUUUCACAGACUGCCGUUGGCAAGGUCGACGAAGUCCUCGGACCUAUCAACCAGGUUUACUUCACCAUCAAGCCCUCCGAGGGUAUCCAAGCCACUUCCUUCAAGGAGGGCGACAAGUUCUACAUCGGAUCCGAGAAGCUCCUGCCGCUGGAGAAGUUCCUGCCUAAGCCGAAGCCUCCCCCAGGUGCGCCCAAGGUCAAGCGUGCCGGCCGUGGUGGCCCAGCAAGAGGUGGUCGUGGCGGCCCCCGCGGUGGCUUUGGCGGCCGCGGAGGUGCUCCCAGAGGCCGUGGCGGCAGUGGUUUCGGUGGUCGUGGAGGCGGUCGCGGCGGCGGCGGCUUCAGCGGUGGCCGUGGUGCGCCGAGAGGAGGUGGUGGCUUCGGCGGCGGCCGUGGUCGGGGUGGCUUCAGCAGAGGAGGCCGGUAGGCCAUGACUGGAGUUUU